UUUUAACAGCAACGUCAUUGGCCGCGCGAAGUUUUGCCUUUGCAGAUCUCUCCCGCAAUUCCUGUCUUAUAAUUCUUGCGCAUGACUUCAUCCCUACCCAAUAACGUCCACAGAUGAUCAACAACAAACCAUGUUUUCAGGCUCGGUCCAUGAAAGAUCGUGCCAUCUGCGAGACCUGGUGGGAAAGUUUGUAAGUCAACUCCAAAGACUUAAUGAACAUGAACUGGAGGAAGACUGCAGGAACGACUACAGCAGUGGCGGCGUCUUGUCAUCGAUGCUGGACAUGGUGAUCAUGAAGGUGAACGACAUGAACGACGUAUUAUCAGAUCUCAUCCAACAGGAACAAGUCACGGCUUCACUAUCAGCGCUGUUAGAGAGUCAAGUUGAGGACAGUGAUAUCAGUUUUGAACUGGGUCUUGAGGAAGAACUGAAAAAUGAGCUUGAAAAUCCUGUUGAAUCACAAGAAACGAGCCCACCAACUGAAAUCUGUGGUAGCAGUGACUCUGAUGACGAAUUUGAUGAUCUUGAUGAUGGUAACCAUGACAUACUUCUGAAGGCAUUAGAAGCUGCAGAAGCAGAAGAAACCUUUAGUAAUAAUGAGAAUGACCAGAGCGUAGAAGAAGAUCCGGAACAACCUUUAGACCACAAAUAUCUCCAAACAUUGAAGAAAUAUUUUGGAUAUUCCAAGUUUAGAAGCAUGCAGUGGAAAAUCAUCAACGCAAUCUUGAAUUUAAAAAGGGACAAUUGUGUUGUCAUGCCAACAGGUCAUGGUAAAAGUUUAUGUUACCAGUUCCCGUCGGUGUUCACCGGAAGAACCAGUAUUGUGAUAUCCCCGUUGCUGUCAUUGAUGCAAGACCAAGUGUUAGCUUUAAACACGGCUAACAUCCCAGCCUGUUGCAUAGAUUCUUCUCAGAUAAAUGUUCGUUUGACAAUCGACCGACUUUUCAGUGGGGAAUACCGUUUACUCUACAUCACCCCAGAGUAUGCCACCCUCAAUACUCAGCUAAUAGAACGACUACACGAGAAGAUUGGUAUUGAUGUCAUUGCCAUUGAUGAGGCCCACUGUGUGUCGCAGUGGGGCCAUGACUUUAGAAAGGCUUAUCGCAAGUUGGGUAAACUACGUCUUAACUUACCACAGAUCCCAGUUGUUGCGCUGACUGCAACGGCUACACCUGAUGUGAUGAAAGACAUAUGCAAAAAUCUCAAACUGGUGCAGCCAAUUGUCAUCUGCACUGGAUUUAACAGACCCAACCUAUUCCUGUCGGUCAGUCGGAAGUCUGGAAAUCCUCGUGCUGACCUUGAGUCACUGAUGGUUCGCAAGAACAAUAGCUACGACUUUGACAGCUCCACCAUCAUUUACUGCCCUACCAAGAAAGCCACUGACGAGAUUUGCUCUGUCAUCCAAGGUUUUGGUAUUUCCUGCCGGACCUACCAUGCUGGAAUGUCAGACAAAGCCAGGAAAGAAUCUCAUAAAAAAUUUAUCAAUAAUGAAAUCCAGGUGGUGGUGGCUACAAUAGCAUUUGGUAUGGGCAUUGACAAACCAGACAUCAGAACUGUGAUUCACUAUGGUGCUCCAAGAGACAUUGAAUCGUAUUACCAGGAAAUUGGUCGAGCAGGCAGAGAUGGCUUACCCAGUCUCUGUAAGGCCUUUCAUACUCCAGCAGACUUCAACAUUCAUCGGUUUUUUGUCAAAGACAUCAACAAUAAAGCAUUCCAGUCACACAAGCUGAAGAUGCUGUCAAAGAUGGAAAGCUAUUUAAACACUACAUCCUGCAGACGACAAAUACUUCUUGAUCAUUUUGAAGAUAAAAAUGCUUCGACAAUUGGUGGAGGAGAAAACUGUUGUGACAACUGCCACAGAAGACUGGACAACAAACGCAGGCACCAGUUUCUGGAAUCAAGUAACCAACUCCAUACAUUGAAAAUUCCAGAUUUCAGCAAACCCCGCGAUUAUGGUCAGGAAGCUUUUUAUUUCAUGGAAGCAGUUGAGAUGAUGCAUGGCUACUGUGGCAUCAUGACCAUUGCCCUGUUCCUGAUGGCGUCAGCAGACAAGAAGGUCCAACGUUACUCUUCAGACCCAAACUACGGCAUCGGAAAAUACAAGACCAAAAAAUUCUGGGCGGCAUUUGGUCGAGCUCUGGUGUGCGAGGGUUACAUGGAGGAGGUUUCUGGCAAGAACAACUUCUGGAUUACCAUCAGCAUCUCACAGAAGGGCAAAAGUUGGUUGAAACAAGCCAAGAAAGACAAAGAGUACAAACUAGAACUGAUGCCAACUGAGGCUAUGAUAGCAGAAGAGAAGGUUUACAUCCGGAAACCUGUUUCUUGCUCCACCCCAACCCCCAGCUCCAGUUCCUCAUUUGAUUUUGAUAAAUAUUCUCAUGCAAAACCAUCAGUUCUCCCUAACCAACCUUCCACUGCCGCUGCUGCGCCCAUUGUUACAGUGUGGCCGAGUGUACCUGCAGUUGAUGAACGCGUUGAAGCUUUACAGAUCAAACUCUACCAACAAAUUUCUAAAGCUAGAAAUGAAUUUGCCCAGGAAUACGAUCUGCUUCCUCAUGCGAUUGCCAGUAAUAAGAUUCUUCUGGACAUUGUCAGAAUUAGAUUCCCUAUUCUUCCCCAUCAGUCCAGCAUUGAAGAUUUGAAUUCCUUACCAUUACCAACGCCUGAGCUAUCCAGUUUGUCUGAGACUCAACUCAUUACAUACCACUUGUUUGUCACUGACCAUAAAAGUUUGGAUGAAAUAAGCAGUGCAAGGAAUCUGAAAACCAGUACUCUAAUAAACCACCUGUGUGCAGCAAUAGAAGCUGGUGCAGACUUUGCUUCUGUAGAUGUCAGCCGUAUGACACAAAUCAAAGAUGUGCUGCCUAGUGUUGUGGAUUUCAACCAAAUAAAAAUCACCAUUUCAUUGCUGAAACAGAAGAUGGGUUUUAAGACAACUGGAAAUGGUGAAACUUUUCUAUUGAAACAAGAAGCAGCAUCAAGUUCUUCUCCAGUCCAGGCUCCAAAAGCAGAGGCAAAGGAAGAACAACAAGAACCGAAACCGAAACAGCAAGAAGCUGGAGGAUCAGGUAGUGGAACUGGUGAUUCCUCUAAGAGAAAACUACCGUUUUGGAUGGUGUCGAACCCUGCCAAUAGGAGCAAGAAGAAAAAGCCUUAAUUCAUGCUGAAUGUGGUGUGUGUGCUUUUGCAUCACUCAUACAUUGUAUAAACAGAUAAAAAUGCAGCCAGCCAUUUAAUUCAUUAUGUUAUGGUGUGUUACAACACGCUCGCAGUAUGUGCAUAAUGAUACUUCACUCCAUAAACUUUUGUGUGUGUCAUAUAGAGGUGUACUUGCAUAGCAAGCAACCUGAUCUGAGAUCGUGUGCUGGGACGAAAACAAUUGCAGCGUGGACGGUGGUUAUAAGCCAUUUAAGAAACACAAAAACUGUUAGAUUCACUUCAACAUUUAAAUUUAAUUUGUGUCAAAAUAUUUUCGUCACUUUGAGGCUGUGACCUGUUCACUGACCAAAGUCUGUGCUGUCAGUUUUUGUGUUUCUUAAAUGGCUUAUAAACACCUUCCACGUGUGUGGUUCAGUAGUUAGAGCAUUGGGCUCACAAUCAUGAGGUAACGAGUUCGAUUCCUGGACCAGGCUGUGUGUUGUGUUCUUGAGCAAGACAUUUUAUUUCACUUUGGACCAGUUCACUCAUCUAUAGAAAUGAGUUGCAACAUCACUGGUGCCAAGCUGUAUCGGCCCCUUUACCUUUCCCUUGGAUAACAUCAGUGGCGGGGAGAGGGAAGGCUGGUGGGCGAUUGCUGGCCUUCCAUGAGACAACCUUUCCUGGAUUUGUGCCUCUGAGGGUAACUUCCUAUGGUCAUUCAUGACUGCAAGGGGGGUUUCCUUACCUUUGCCCUAGACACAUAGCAUCAGCAUAUUAAUGUCCACCUGCCCUUGCAUGCAUGGGUCUGACCCUCACUUCACACAUACACAGAUACAACUACCUCAUCAUACACACAUGCAAACACACAAAUGGCAGAAAACACAUUCAUAUAUGCGCACACACUACAAACAGCAUAUAGAGGUAUAGCUUACAUAUACACACACACUACAUGUAUAUGUACACAAAAAGAACUGUUUGAGUUUGUUUAAUGUUCAUGUUAAUGUUUUAAAAAUAUUUUCACAAAUAAAGUAUUUUAUAUUUAAAAGCAAAUAAAAACAUUUUUCUUAUGAAAAAAAA